UGGAAUGAACUGAGGAGACAUAAAUAAUCUGAUGGCUUUUCAAUGGGGCAGCUAUAUUGUAUCACCUUCAAAGGAAAUACGCACGCCCGGUCUAACAUUUUACUUAAUUCACCAGGCAAGAUUCCUGAAAAACAAUGGUGGUUAUUCUCCUGGUGAAUAUGUUGAUGGUAUUGCAUAGUGGUGGAGGUCAAGGAUCAGAGACACCAGCAAUUCCAAUGGAUCUUCCGCAUGCAGCAGAAAGAGAUCUAAAUAACAUUACAUUCUUCAACGGGGUCUUUGCAAAUGUGGAAGGCGUUGCGUUGUUUUUUGACUGUUUGGGUUCUCAGUUCACCUGGCUCCAGUCCAUCUUUACCAGCUUCCCUGCACUGCUCAACUUUGUGAGCAAAAUGAGGUGUGUGACCGGCAUUUGCCCGAGAGAUUUCGAAGACUACGGCUGCACCUGCCGAUUCGAAAUGGAGGGUCUCCCUGCAGAUGAAUUUGAUGGCUGCUGCUUUGAACACCGCAAGUGUUACGAAGAGGCAACAGAAGAAGAAUGCGUGUGGGAUCCUGCAAAGAUUUCGACAGAUGUCAGCUGCCUCACCAAAAACAUCACCUGCGAGUCUGACGAUGCCUGUGAACGCCUUCUCUGCAACUGUGACAAGGCAGCUAUUGAAUGCUUUCUGCAUUCCCACAUUAACUCUUCCUUGAACAGCAUGGAUGUUUCACUCUGUCCCUCUCUGGUUACAGAAACAGUCAACGAGAGAAGUCAGACAACGCUUCAUGCUGCAGAAUUUCAGAACCAGAGGGCUGAAGAUACUCAGCUGACAGACACAUCUGUUGCAGAGGGUAAGUUUGCCAGUGCAUAUAUCGAUAUUGUGUAUCUUUCAGUUAUCCCACAGACCACAGAUGGGAUGGUUGUACAGAGUUCUGGAGUGGACCUUGCUUCAGAUGCGACGAGUGAUGGAGGCCUCGAAGCCCACAGAGAAGGAGACAUUUCUCCUGAGUCCAGUGGACUCUUGCUGAGAAACCCAGAAGAAGGUGUUAAUCCAGACAUGGAAAGCGGCGGAGGCCUCGAAACCCUCAGAGAUGGAGCACAGGAAGGCCUUGCUGGUCCUUUUGGAAACUCCAUGCCAAGAGGGUUGUCAGUGAAAGCCUUCAACACAGAGGAAACCAGCGCUGCUCCACCUGGUAUUAUUAGCUCAACGGAGCCUGAGUCGGUUUCAACUUCUGAUUCUCUUGGGAGAUCAACAGACAAUGGGAAUCAUUUCAAGAUAGCUGAAGAAGAAGGUAGAACUUUUUCUACAAUAUCUCCAGAAGAGACGCCAGAUCCUGAUGAAACCUUUGGAGAAGUUUGUGACCGGUUUACGUUCCUGCAACUGAGAGACAACGGAAGAGUCAAGCGGGUGCUCCCACAGUUGGGGGAGAUGCUGUAUUGCUUAACCGACCGAUGCCCAGAGGACUUUGAGUUAUACGGAUGUUACUGUGGGCAGGAAGGAAGAGGCCACCCAAUGGAUGAACUGGACAGGUGCUGCUUCUCUCAUCACUGCUGCCUGGAGCAAGUCAAGAAAUUGGGAUGCCGUCCAGAAAGAAAUUCGCGCUCUGAGGUUGUGUGCUUUGAUCGCGUGCCAAAGUGUAUCGGAUGGACAAUGUGUGAAAAGCUUCAGUGUUCCUGCGAUAAGGCAGCGGCUGAGUGUAUGGCGGCCGCCUCUUUCAAUGAAAGCAUGGGGUCCCCAAACAGACAAGCCUGUCCGGACCCAGAGGUUAAAUUGUUCUGCCGCAGGGGAGGGCAUGAAAGGCCCUUGAGUGGCGCUGGGACCAGCUCCAGAGCUUCCAGUGAGGAAGAGAGGAGCAGCGAGGAGGCUGAUCCGGCAAAGAGCCUUUUGGGAAGAGGGAAGAGGUCAGCACGCCUUGCCCGGGGAAUCUCCAGAGCUGUACGCCUGCAAAGAAGAUAAUCGGCGUUUCUCUUGCACCAGUUAGGAAGCUAUCAGGAGUAGGGACUGUAUGAAAUUAGUGCUGUCUGUUCUGCCCUUUAUGCGACAUUAAAGUGAGCUGGUUUUGUUCCUCUGCUGCUCGGCUCCUGCCGAAUACAUUGCUAUCCCUUCUGCUGUUUGCUAUGGCUCCAUUAUAUUGUUUGUUGUCA